AUGGGGUUAAUGUGCUUCUCCUUAUCCUCGCUCCACCCCAGCUACCAGCAGACCCAGGGAGGCAUGCAAGACAAGCCACUACCUCAGGGCGCCCUGGGAGGCAUCAUUGGCAUCGUGGGAGGUGUCAUCGCUGCAGCUCUCAUCCUUGGCGUGGCUGUCACCGUCUUCAUUGUCUACAGGAGGCAACAGAAGGACCGCACAGAGGCAGACCACGACCUCAUUGACUUGCCUCCCUCCCACAAACCUGCCCCUCCGCCGAAGAGGAAGCAGGAGUUGAAAAGCCACCUGACUACUGAAGACAUCCAGGUUGUUCACUUGGACAACAUGAAGCAUGAGGAAGAGCUCCAGAAGCUUCCCCUGCAGACCCCAUACUACGACAUGGCAGCCAGUGAGCCCUCUGCGUACACCGACAAGCUGAACUUUGGAAAGUGUCACUCAGAGAUACCGAAUGCGAGUGAUUACCUGACCCGCUGCUACUCACACGACGGCCGCUAUCUGCAGAAGAUCCCCCACCUCUACGCCCCGCUGUCAGACCUCCCGCAAGAUCUCUAUCCUCACCACUCUGACAUCUCCUUCUGCUGCCCUCCUCCCGGCUCCCGGGCUCCGUACAUCUGUCCUAAGGAACAGUAUGUUUAAACAUCAGCACGGAGAAACGAAGACGCUCAUGGUUUUCACUCCUCCCCACCCCACCGCUCAACAACCAAGGCCUUUUAAACCCCUCUUUGCCAUUUGCUUAUUUAUUGAUUUAUAUAUAUAUAUUUUUUAAUUUGGGUGCAAUUGUAAGUGACUUGGUUAGGUUAAGUGUCUGCCUGGCUUCUUCAUGCCUAAGGGAACACUCUGCCUUCACCCACAUCUCAUCCCAUCCCUAAGACUCUCUUUCCUUGUGCUGGCCCUCCUGUACCAAGCUGGCUACGUGCGUGCAUGUGUAUGUGGGUGGCAGCUGCCCUGUGUUGGAUGGGAUGUGCCCAACCCCUGAUUAAAUGUCCGUAGGUUCCCCUGUGUCCAUCUCCACAGUUUGCACCAGAGUAGCCAGAUGUGGAUUCUUCACGACCCCUUUGGAGAAAAUGGUUUUCCCCAUUGGCAGAUAGGAGAUCCCUGUUGCAAAGAGAUAACCAGCCAAGAUUACUGAACCAAAUAAUAAGAUGCUUCUAAAGAAAGAUGCUCAAAACCAACCCAAGAAGAGAAGGGGGGCUUGGUUUAGGGAUUGUGUAUGUCCUUCUUCCCUCCUGCUCCCACUUCCAAUUGCUAGGAUUGGCUCUUUCUAACCCAAAUGCAUCAGAGAAAGUAUCCUUUGAAGAACCUUCUUAGAACCUGAAACCCAGAGGGGAAAAAAUUAGAAAGGAAAACGAUAUCUCUCAUUUUCCUUUUCAGAGCCUAGUGUGAUCCCCCACUAGCUUUUCCCCCUCUUCUCCUUGCAUUUGUUGAUUGGAAUUUCAAAAUGAACUCAGGCAGAAUACGAAGGAAAAAAAAUCAUUAUUUCAGGUAAUCUUCUUACUCUUAAUGAAGGAUAAAAGCCAACAGAGGAAUCUGGCCUUUUAACCUUUUUUAAAGCAUCUUAGUUUGGGGACUAUAUAUUUUUUCUAAUAUUUGGAAUGUGUGUGGGUAUGUAAAUCCAAACGUGUACAUUCCUGCAACCAUGAAGUGUUUUAGAGAAGGGAAUUUAUCUCCACAUCACAUUUGUGUUCACUUGUAUUAGAGGACAAAUAAAUAUAGAGAUACACUUACAUGUAUAUAAAAGCAAAGAAGAGGAGAAAGAGGAAUGAAAACCUUAUAAGAGAGCUUGGUUUUGAGGAUAACCUUCACCUGCACCCUCUUGGGGAACAGGCAUUUGCUUUCCUUUGUCUCAGGUUGGGGAUUGGACAUUCUGCAGACAGCAUCACUGCAGACACCAGGAGGAUGUCAGAGUCAAGAUUGGGGGGAGUGGAAGGAAUCACAGCACCACCCUGCUGCCCAGGCACCAAACUGAGCUCCAGUGCCACUUCCACCAGUGAGCAGGCCACCCAAUGCCCAGCUCACUGCAGGGUGAGGGUGCUGACCUGCAUGCUGUCCUGGGAGCUGCCCAAGCACUCUGCCACCUCUUUAUUUUUGUAUAUCCAAAUUUGAGCAGCUGUAGUUGUUCUAUGCACUUUCUUUGUUCCCAUCACCUCGAGCCGCCAUGGGACUCACCCUGCUUGUCCUCCUUUCUGCACAGAGAAGCACAGCCUCGCCGAGUCCCUGCAGGCAUAGAUGAAAAAAGAUGGGAGGUGGCUGAGGGUCCUGCCUGGGUGGCAGGCAGGGUGCAGGCAGAAGGAUGCUGAUGCCUUUUCCAGCUGAAAUAGGCAACGCCUGCACAGCACAGCAGCUUCUCUGUGCUCCAGUGCCUGUGGUUCUCCCAUGCCCGGAGGGUCAGGAACUGUAGGACGUUGCCUUAGAGUAUGAGGUGCAACUUUUCCAAUGCCACCCUAUCAGUCUUGACUGAUUGAGGCCUUUCUGGAGUCAUCUGGGCUCCUAUUUCAGUCUCCAGAGAACUCAGCCAGGCACAUCCCUACACCGAUGGACCUGAGUGCUAUGUGUCUUGCUUCAGAUAACGUGUUUUUCUCCCUUUUGUUUUCUUCUCAACACACCUUGGAGCACUUUCUGGCUGUCAGAUCUAGAACCAGGUGUGCUCUGAGCUGAAGCCACAGCAGCACAUCCAGCCCAGUGGGGGAGACCAUGCUUUGGACUCUGCCAAGUCUGCUUUUGGUCACCCUGUUAAGAAAAACGGAGCAGUGCUGGAAAACCCUGGGAUCUCUGAUGUCCUGGAGCCAAACCAGCACCACUGUUGAGAGAAAAACCUUCCACAUUUCCCUGUCUGCAUGCCUGUAAUAGCAGGAUGCUGCCUUCACAGCAGCAAUUAAGGUAGAUUUGAUUGGGAGCCUUCGUAUGCUGCAGUUUCAGCCGGAUCUAAACAUUUAAAUGGGAAGUGGAAUACAGUCAGGUCUUCAGGUGCAUUAGGAAAAAAAAGCUAGGGGAAAUGGCUGUUUGCCAGACAGCAUUUUGCAAGUGGCUUCCUCUGCUGCUGGUGGCUGGAGGACGGUGCUUUGAGGAGGGGGGGGGAAGCAGAGGCACAGAUUGCAGCAUUACACAGAGCCCAUGUGCGCCUUUGGAUUGGAGCUGCCCACAGACAGCAGCCACAAAGGGUUUUACUGUGCUUUUCAGCAAAGCAAAAGGAUUUCGGUCCUCCUCAGGAAGGGGAAAAGCGAGAAAAGCCUAAAUUCAGUGCAGCCUCUCGACAGUACAAACGUUAAGCCUAGGGAUGCUUUGGUUCUCUUUGCCUCUUAAUGUUCUCUCCUCUCCUUAAGAAACGCGUUGGUCACAAAGAAUGGCAAAAAAGAGAGUCUGUGCACACCACUGAAUUGAGGGAAGAGGCAAAACCCCACCUGAAGAAAGAGAGCACUAUUCGAGCCAUUUGUUUUGGUUUUACAAAGCCACACUUAGCAAUGUUCUGAUUUGUUGCUCCAAGUCCUCCCUCCUUCCCCGUGUGGUUUGCCAAAUGGCCGCUUCCAAACUUUGCUGGACCUGAUGCCAAGGGCUGAACGCUGGCUUUGCUCCACGCUGAGGCUGCCCACGCUGACCUUGCAGGAGCACAAACCCGGCAGUGCUGAUGGGAGGCGUUCCCCUCCUGCCGCGGCGUGUGCUGAUUUGCAAAGAUACUGCUCUGGGAACAGAAACGUUGCUGGGUGGAUGGCUGAACAAGUUGAGCAGGAAACUGGGUGAGUUUGUGCUAGCAGAGUGCAUGGGGAGUUGGGUGUUAUUCCCCAUGUGAGACAUGAAGCCAUUCCUCCUGUUGCUUUGUACAUUUGAAAUGUGGCAAUUUCUGUUCCACGCGCCGGUGGCAUUGACACAAGAGCUCUUGCAGAUGGAAACGACUGAUCACAGAACUUAAAU